CGCAGUGACAUUACACAGAGAGCUGAAUUAUCUUUACACUCAUCUGAUGGUCAUCAUCAAGCAGGAGCUGAGCUUGACUAAGUAUGAAGGAGACGACGUGUCCAUCCAGUGCAGACAUCAUGAUGGAGAUCAGAAAAGCUUCUGCAAAGCACAUGAAGCCUCCACGUGUGUGAAGGAUGGAGAUUCAUUGGAGACCAUCAGAGAUGCUCGAUUCUCUAUCAGUGAUGAAGCGUCUGCUGGAGUCUUUACUGUCAACAUCACUGAUCUGAGAGCAGAUGACUCUGGAGUUUACUGGUGUGGAGCUCACGUCAUCACUAAAGUCAACCUCAGGGUUAAAAGGGGUUUCUCUCUGAUCAUCAUCAUCAUUAGUGUGUGUGUGAUUGUGCUGCUGAUCUGUGGAUUUACUCUGACUGUCUGUAAAUCAAGACACAAGAGAACAGCAAAAAACUCCACAUCAAAUAUAGUGAAAAACACAACGUCAUCAGACAGCAGACGUGAUCCUGGAUCAGCAGAAAUGAUCAGUCCUGAUGAAGGAUCUUCUGAUGGGCUUCUGUACGCAUCCGUCACUUUCCACAAGCAUCAAGAGUCUCUCAGUGAAGCUGCAGUCACCUUCAGGACAAGUCAGGUUUACUCUGAUUACACCACAGUCGUUUUACCACAGUAA